ACAUCUUUCGUCCCUCGGAGGUACCAAUUGUUUGACAGGAAAGCCAUCACAAUGUUUGGGGGUGGAAAACCCUACUUUGGCAUGAAGGGAGCAUGGCUCACUUUUUGGGUGACUGUUGCAUGCGCUACCGAUAUGACCCUUUUUGGAUAUGACCAAGGCGUCUUUGGCGGAGUAAUUGUCACGCCCGACUUUCUCGACUUGCUGAAUCUGAACAACAAUCCAUCACUCAUCUCUACUGUUACAGCAAUCUACGACAUUGGCUGUUUCUUUGGAGCCAUCUCUGUAUGUGCGAUUGGAGACCCACUGGGCAGGAAGAACUGCAUUCUGUUGGGAACUACCAUCAUGUCGAUAGGGGCGAUUCUCCAGAUCGCUGCAUUCGGCGUUCCACAGAUGAUUGUUGGAAGGAUCGUAGCUGGAAUCGGGAACGGUAUCAACACUUCUACCGCGCCGGUCUGGCAAGGUGAGACGUCGAAAGCAAGUUGGCGAGGGAAGCUCAUCGUUAUUGAAAUGAUCAUGAAUAUUGCCGGGUUCUCUCUGUCUAAUUGGGUCACUUAUGGAUUCUCAUUUGUUGGCGGAAGUGCCGCCUGGAGGGUUCCACUCGCAUUCCAAUUUCUCUUCAUCAUCAUACUCUAUGCGACAGUGCCGUGGCUUCCAGAGUCUCCUCGCUGGCUGAUGGCGAAGGGACGCACAGAGGAAGCGGAUCGUAUUCUUGCUGAUCUGGAAAGCACCGAAGUAGACGACCCGUUCAUCAUUACGCAGUCAAAAGACAUUCAAUGGGCGGUACAAUACGAAAGGGAAAACGCGGUGCGCUGGCGCGACUUACUCCGGGGUCGUACUGGAGACCGAGGUGGCACCCACACGAUGCGCAGACUGGUCCUGGGAAUGGGAACUCAAGCUAUGCAGCAAUUGUCUGGCAUCAAUGUCACAUCGUAUUAUCUACCUACUGUCUUGAUAGAGUCUGUUGGACUCUCGAAUUCAUUAGCCCGUCUAUUAGCCGCCUGCAACUCUGUUUCUUACCUCUUAUUUUCUCUUAUCGGAAUCCCCAACGUUGAGAGAUGGGGUCGACGAAAGAUGAUGAUGUACGCGGCAGCAGGUCAAUUCUUCUGUUACCUCAUCAUUACAAUCUGCAUCAGGUACAACGAACUCGAAUCACUACCAGCUGCGACGCGGAGAUCCUGGGCCGAAGCUUCCAUCGCUUUCUUUUUCCUAUACUAUGUUUUCUUCGGAAUCGGCUGGCAAGGUGUGCCCUGGCUGUACCCCACGGAAAUCAAUUCCAUGGCUAUGCGGACAAAGGGCGCUGCGCUUGGAACCGCUACAAACUGGAUCUUCAAUUUCAUGGUCGUCGAGAUAACGCCACCAGGCAUUCGUAAUCUGCAGUGGCGAUUCUACAUCAUCUGGAUUGUUUUCAACUUCUCCUUUAUUCCCAUAGUGUAUCUCUUCUACCCGGAAACUGCGGGACGCUCGCUCGAAGAUCUCGAUCGUUUCUUCGCCGGCGAGCCUCCGCUGUUUGUCUUCAAAGACAAGCAAGCCAUCACAGAGGGCCGUCCAGAGCAGUAUGUGCAACGCGAGAGAGAAGAAGUGAGGAGGAACAGCAGUAUCGUGCCGGGCGAUGUAGCCGGGGCCAACGAGAAACACGAGAGGUCGGAAUACCUGGACAGCGUGUGA